AUGAUAACGCAUUUAAAAAUUCUAUUAUCGUCCAUACUACUAUUUGCAGUUGCCCAUGCAUAUGACCCAGUUACUGCACCGCCACCACCGCCACUAUGUUCUACGCAUUGCAAUAUAAAAUCGGCUACUAUCUCACCAGAAAUUGUGAAUGAACUGAAAGAUUUCGAGCACUUAAUACCCGCUGCAAUAAUAGACGCUAUUGUGGCCAAACACUAUGUGAUCGACGGAGGUUUUCGUACGGCCCUAAAAUAUUUGCGAAGUAAUGAUUUUACACGCCUGCAAAAACAGUUACUUGAUGUACCCGAAAUUAUCUCCGUAUUGGAUUUUCUGCAUAUGACCAUUAAUGCAACAACGACGGAGACGAAGAACCAAAUGCCGGAAUCAUCAACGGCGGGAAUACCAUCAGCAUCAUUGCAGGAUGAUGAAACAGCAACAUCAUCAACGGUUAAUGAUAAUGGAAUGGACAGAAUACCCACUAAUACACUAACCACCACCGGCACUGACAACGUAGUAGUGGCCAUGCGUCCACGGGCUUUGCAUGCCAGGAUCAGAAAAGUGCUCGCACACAAAAGACCACAAUUAGAUGCAUUGGAGUAUGCUGACGAUGUCAGCCAUGGCUAUGGCGGUGGCAAUGCCGUUCUUGCCUCAGCGGAGCAACAGUCAUUAGUGGACAUUGUACUUUUGGACUCUAAGCUCAAUAUGCUAAGGGCAAACGAUGACCAGUUGAACACUGUUAGUGGCAGCGUUCAGGCUACCAUGGCCAGCGGUCAUCAUCAACAUCGUUAUCAAGAGCAUCCUUUGGGUUCAUUUACAUCAUUCGUUGAGGAAAUAUUAAGAGAGUUGCCACGACCAGAAUAUCAGCAUAUGAUUACCGAUAAAUACAUGAAAAAUGCAAAUUUUGCAAAUUUCUACAGAGCACUGAGAAGUGCGGAAUUUAAGCCACUGGUCGAAGAAGCAUUGAAAUCUUCUAAUAUCCAACAAAUAAUUAAGUUAUUGGCUUCUCACAGCAUUGAUGUCCAGGCGUUGAAACCAAUUGCCUUUCAAGUUAUUUCCUGGGGACCUAAUGUAUAA